UUCUAUUUUUAUUUUCUUCCAGAAUGACAGCUCCAGAAAUUCCAGAAAGUGCUCUUGAAGUUGGAGAGACAAAUUUGCAAGUUGUAGCAAGCCUAAUGCAAUUUGCUAUAACAGCAAACAUUCUCGGGCUUCCAGCAAUUUCUGUCCCUAUUGGUUAUGAUAAGCAAGGACUUCCAAUAGGUUUGCAGCUUAUUGGUCGUCCGUGGUGUGAAGCUACAAUCUUGCGUUUAGCUAGUGUGAUAGAGGAAUUCUCUGCAGAGUAUAGGAAGAAGCCAAUGGAGUUCUAUGACAUCUUGAAAGUGAAGUGAGAAUAAUGUGUAAGCUAGUUUGUUAUUUUAAAAUUGGGAAGUGUGUAAUUGUUCCCAUAUCAUAAGAGAAAAGUCUCUUUUGGAGCCUUUUAAGCACUUGUCACUUUCAUGUCUUAGAUUUAGGACACACUUAGAAGUGUGUGCAACUAAGUACACUAAAUAUUUAUAUAUUAUUAUACAAUCAAAAAGGGGUCUGUUGGUUGCCU